AUGUCCAUGUCCCGGUCAUUGUCUCUCUUCUCUGCUAAAGUUCGGCUCUUGAACGACCGCCUCGCACUCAUUCACAUUCCUAUUGAUUUCUACACUUUCUUCCUGAAGCCAAUACUGCAGCUUAUCUUCCACGAUUUACCUCCUAUCGAAGACAGAAACCCCAACGAACUUGACGUGCUGGACCUCAAUAUCUCCGAACCUGAAAAACCCACCUUCUUUAACUUUUCUAUUACUCCAGUCGAAUGUUCGAUUGUUUGCUCGAGAGAGCUGGCUGAACUGUAUUUCCGGCCUCUAACAGAAAAGUUCAAUAAAAAUGAACCUUCCAGGGCAAACCACGUUUCUAUCAGUAAAGAUGAUUUCAUCGCUAUGCAAGUUGACGGUCAGGGGUUAGAGGCAGGUCAGAGAGUUUUGGAGCUGACCAGCCCUCUUGCAAUGGCGGGGAUAUCAAUCUUCUUCAUUUCAACCUAUUUCUCCGACUAUAUUCUCGUCCCCCAGCGUUCAAAAGGUCAUGUAACCCAGGCUCUCGAGAACCGUGGCUUCAGCUUUGAAGUGUCCACAGACGCUUUCGUCAACAGUAGUAAUAACCCACAAUACCAGAGCUCUCAGUCAUCCCUAAACACAAAACCAUCGACAACAACAACCCCGUCCCCAUCAAGUCUAUCAGAACUGCAAACCCGGACCUUUGCCUCCCUACGAAAACACAACAUACACGCCCGUGUCGACAAGUCCCUCCGCAUCGUCCAAUGCGCAGCCCAAUAUUCAUCACCCCACCCCUCAUCCACCUCAACCCUCCGUCCCAGCCUCGUCACAACCUUAAUCCUCGAUAACCCCCGUUUUCUCUCACUCACCCUAACCGCCACCGAUCCCUCCCCGUCCAUCUUGCUUGAAAAGCGCCUCCUGCCUCGCUUUUCUCUCGACCCCAUCUGCUCAAUCUCCCAUGACCAGCAUGGCGACUAUUCCCUCGAGGACGGCAAUAAUCUCCUCCUAGGCUCAAAGGUCGACGUCCUCAUACCCAUCAUGCUUGACCUGCGCGAUCUCCCACUCGAAGCUACUGGUAUCGUUUGUGGCGUCGCUAGUCGACUGGCCACUGCAACGCAAAGUCGGUUGCAUACGCAUAGCAGCGAGAGCGAAAACGAGGGCGCGAGUGGUGGCAUAGAUAUUCCGACGAUUGGCUCCGCUGGAUCAAAAUUGAAAGCAUCAGCAUUGUUGCAGGCGCAAAAGCAGAAGCAGAAGCAGAAGCAAAGACAGAAACAGCAGCAGAAGCAGAAGCAAAAGCAGAAGCAGAAGCAAGAGCAAGAGCAGGAGCAGCUCUAUCGGCUUCCUAGAGAUCCGGACGCCUCGUACCCAGAUGUUGUAGAUAUCAGUUUCCUGAGUACCGCGAGAGCCGGGACUGUUAUUGUUGGUGAGAGGGAGCUGGAGAAGGCGAUUGCGUCGUUGGAUGCGGAGAGUGGGGAAUCGAGUUGA